UUGGAGCUGCGGGCGGGGCGGGCGGCGGAGGAGGCGGCGGAGAGGGAGCUGGCGGAGGGGGCGGAGCAGCUGGCCAGGGUGGGCGACCCCGGUGCCCUGCAGCGGCAGCUGGCCGCCCUGGGUGAGCAGCGGGAUGCGCUGCGCUCGCGGCAGGACGUGCUGCGGGGGCAGCAGCAGGCGGCGCAGCAGGCGGCGCAGCGGGCGCAGGGGGAGCUGAAUGACGCCAAGUACCGCGACAUCCACAAGCGCUACGCCUCUCAGCAGGUGGCGGUGAAGACCACCGAGCUGGCGCUGUCGGACCUGGACAAGUACUACAAGGCCCUGGAGAAGGCGCUGCUUGUGUUCCACUCCAGCAAGAUGGCGGACAUCAACAAGGUGGUCAAGGAGCUGUGGCAGAAGACCUACCGUGGGCAGGACAUAGACUACAUCCAGAUAAAGGCGGACACGGAGGGGGCGGGAACGAGGUCGUACAACUACAGGGUUGUCAUGUACAGCGGCUCAGCUGAGUUGGAGAUGCGGGGGCGGUGCAGCGCGGGUCAGAAGGUGCUGGCCUGCCUCAUCAUCCGGCUGGCGCUGGCGGAGACGUUCUGCCUCAACUGCGGCAUCCUGGCGCUGGAUGAACCCACCACCAACCUGGAUGCGGAGAACAGCGCCAGCCUGGCUCGCGCGCUCAAGUCGCUGAUGGAGUCGCGCGCCGGCCAGGAGAACUUCCAGCUGAUCGUAAUCACGCACGACGAGGCGUUCGCCACCCUGAUCGGCAGCCGCGAGGUGGCGGACAGCCUGUGGCGGGUCACCAAGGACCCCGCAACGCAGCACACGCUGGUGACUCCGGAGGCGCUGAGGGACUAG